CCCAACUCGUUUAUGUUCCAAAAAAAAAAAAAAAAACAAACCUCAGCUUCAGAUGAACAAUAAUAAGUUAGAAAAUUUGAGUUUAGGAACUUGGAAUGUGCAAAUGCUAUAUGCGGUGGGCACCUGUGCUAUCUAGAAAUAGAAUGCAAGUAGUUAAACAUAGCAUUAGUAUACAAAUUUGCAUCAACAGAAAAAAAGGAGAUCAUAUCAAGGAAAAAUACUAAAACGAGUUAGAUAUGAUAUAAUACACGAAUGCAUACCGAAGAGAAUACCGAAAAUCGUAAUGUGGGAGUCUUUAACAUGAAAAUUGGCAAAGAGAAAGUUUUUAAACCUGGCCAAGAACGUCUACAUCAGAUAUCCAAAGACAGCGGGAUAUGGCUCAUUAUGUUUGCAAUGUCUAAGGGAAUGUUGAUCAGUAGUACAUUUUUUCCACAUAGAAAUAUCUACAAGCUGACAUGGAUUUCUCCAAUUAGAAUCACAAAAAACCAAAUUGACCACGUAGUAACAAAUAAUAUAAUAAAACACCGGAUCCAGAAUGUUAAAAGCCACAGAGGGAUGGGAUUCCACUAAGACCACUUCUUAGAUGAAAUAACGAUAUUAAUAAAACUACUAAGAUAAUGGUAUCGAAAGCCUAAAGACAAAACAAGACUGAAUAUAGAGAGCAUGAGAGAUAAGAUAAUUGUAAGAAAUCGCAAACAAACAUUGGUGACUAAAUUAAGCACAGUAGAACAGACAUAAGAUAUUCAAAAGAAAUGGAGAAACUUAAAAACCAUUAAUGAAACAACAGCGGAAGAAACCAUCAUUGGGCUCAAGUCUAAGAGAAAACUAAAUAAAUGGUUCAAUGAUAAUAGCAAGAAAGCGGUAGACAUAGACGUUAGGGACAAAGCAAAACUAGAAAUAUUUAAAUCUAACACAGAGGAAAAAAGGCGGAUCCUUAGUACAAAAACCGAAAGAAUGUAAGCGUAUAAUAAGAAAAGAAAAAAGAAUAUGGAAGAAUUAAAAAAUAAAAAACAAAAAAGAAGAAUACUUGAAUUUCCGCAAUUUUUUUGGCAUAACAAAUGAGCUAACGAAAAAGCGUAAACCUAGAACAAUGAUAAUGAAGGACAGUAAUAAGUAAUGAUAAACUUAUAACACAAGAAAAAAAUAUCGUGGAAGAAUUUAGGAAGUGUUUAAUGAGAUAUUAUAUAUUAGGAUGGAAAACUAUUAUCAGUGAAUAAUCAUACAGACCAUCUAAUUUACCAAUUACUGUCACAAAUGAACAUUUAGAAUAGUUUCUAACGAUUUUUUAUAAAAGAAUUAAUAAUUUUUAUAAGAUUAAAAAGUAAUAUUUUCAAGUUUCAAGGAG